CUGCCCGCCAGUGUUUUCGUAUCCAAUCACGUAACGACCUUGCUGGAUGUUUAAGCCGUGUAUUUCUGCUGUUGUCAUAUCGAAUAAACGUUUUUACUUCGUUGUCCGGGUGCGAGCUAAAUAGGAGACUGUCUCUUACUCCAGUGCGAGAUGUCGGCAUAACAGAAAGUCAAGCAAUCAAUCAGUCAGUCAGUCAGUUAGUCAGCUAGCAAGCAAGACAGUGUGUAACGUCCGUCGUGUGUCAGUGAGUUAGUGAGUCAGUUGCAGCAGUAGCAGAAGAAUCAGCUAACCAGCUAAGCAGCAGCAAAUAAGCCUGCGAGGCUAACAGUCCAACGUUGUACCUGUGUGUGAGGCGAGCCCCGAUUUGUGGAUCUAUUUUAGCGUGUGUUGCACAGUCGAGCGUCGAUAAUUAAGCGAAAAGUAAAGAGCAAACAGCAGCAGGCAACAGCAACAGCAGCAUUCAAAAAGAGUGCACAGCAAGCAAGAAAAAAGCAUAAGUAGAAUAAAAAAAAAAAGAACAAUAACGACAAGCAAAAAAGCUUACAAGCUAGCAAAUCGAACUAAAAACUCUUGAAGUAAACUACCGAGCAAAAAAGUAAAAACCCACAACCAAAACCAAAGCAAGAGCAGCGUCAGAGGCACAACCAACAAUCGCUUUGUUUUUAUUCCUCACCAACAAAUUUUGUUGUACCUACUCGUUGCUGUUUGUUGUUGUGAUUAAAUCGAUUUUUGUGUUGUAUAAAAAGAUGUCACCACUGCUGGAGCGAACAUUGCUGAUGUUAGGCAUGCUAUGCUGUUUGCAAGCAACCACCGCGCUGAUGUGUUACGACUGCAACAGCGCCUACGAUCCCAAUUGUGGUGAUCCCUUUGAGCCAUAUACCCUUGGUAAGGUUAACUGCACCCAGCAGGAGCCGCUAGAGCAUCUCAAGGACAAAUACUCCAAGCCAGUGCUGUGCCGCAAGACCACACAAAAGGUCUAUGGCAAAGUGCGCGUGGUACGCGGCUGUGGCUACAUACCCGAUGAACGUACCGAUGACGGCCUUUGCUUGAAACGCUCCGGCACACAUGACGUGCAGGCCAUCUAUUGUGCGUGCACAGCCGAACUCUGCAAUCAUGCCGCCUCCACAUUGUAUCAGAACAACAAUCAUCCCAUCCUAUCCGCAUUGCCCUACACAUUAGCUGCGUUCUUUGUUUGGUUUGCAACAUUUUCGAGUCAUUUCAAUAUCAAUACUAUUGGCGCUGUGCAAAAUUCAUAAAUACGAGUUAUAGAAAAACCUAAACACAUACAUACAUAUACUCGUAUAAAUACAUAUAUAUAAAAUAAGUGCAUACAUAUGUGUAUAUGUGUAAGACGGAAAUUUAAGAUGAGACGUCGUUUAGUUAAUUUCUUUUUAAUUUUGAGUUGAAUUUGCCAACACUGAUGCAAAAAAAUACCAAACACACACAUACACAACUGGAAUAAAAUAUAAUACAGAUGUCGCAAAAAAAACACAAAACCAAAGAGCGUCUUAAGACCAGCGGCUGCUUACUAAAAUUAAAAAGGUAGCCUAUUAAACAAUUGGUGAAGUUGGUGAAGGCGUGGAAUUGCUGAAGAGCAGCCUACAUUAUGCGGAAUACGAGGAGCCUAAAUGGAGAGUUGAGACAAGAUUUAAAUGAAAUUAAGUGCGGAAAAAAUAUUUAAGUUUUGUAGACGGAAGCGCAGAGGGUUGCAUUGAGUUUGCCUCGGUCGCAUAAAAUUACUAUGUAAAUCAGUUUUAAUUACGAUUCAUUGGAGUGACAGCGAAAAAUUUAUUUGCAAUAUUUUGAUAAAUCGAUACAUUUAAUAGCUCAUUAAUCCAUCCAAAAGCGUAACGGUAACAGAGAAAAUUAAUUAAGAAAUAAUUUUCUCAUAGUCGAAUACUACCAAAAGCAAACAAGCAGUAUUUUUCAACUUCUUUCUCAGCAUUUGCACUCAACAUUCAAAAAGUAAACAAUUCGCAAUCAAGUCUUUGCGUAAAACACCUAAAAGUAUGCAAUUUUUUUAUCAUGCAUGCGGAAAUACAACGGAUUGCUACAAAUGUUUUACUGUUAACGAACAGGUUAUAACACAAAAUUUGUACUUGGCAAAUCGCAAGCGUGAAAUUCAGUCAUCUUGAUAACUACAACGACUUCCUGCAAACGAAAACUUGAUGCUUAACAAUUAUUCGCAUAAUUUCCCUACGAAAUAGUUUUAGUUUUUUCCUGCUGCACUACAUAAAUAUGUAUUUGCAAUUAACUAAAUUUUAAUUUUGUUCAUUUUUAAUUUAUGUAUUUAAAAAAAACACAAGAAAGCAUAGCUGUUACAGUAAAUAAUUGUUUAUCUCCAAGCAACAAAAAAUGCAAUACAUAAAUAUAAAAGAACUUUUGAUGAAAAUUAAACUCUCAUGUGAAAAUAGUGGAAAAUUGAAGAAAUUAAUAAAAUGAAAAUAAUGGAGAAAAUAAUGUUGUUGAUAAGUUUAUCAAUAUUUUGUUAAGUGAUUCUGAUGAAAUUGUUAUUUUUUAGUAAAUAAGUCUGUAAAGCUCCGCUUGUAGAAGAAAUCAAUAAAUAAAUUAAAUACA